AUGGCUAUCACUUUAGAUCAUCUGGUCGACUUGAAGGGACAAUCUGCAUGCCAAAGGCAAGAAAAGGACCAGGAAGAGAGGAAUAAAAGAUUCACAGGAAAGUUUAUUGGGGUACGCUCCCGAGCGAACUCCCUAGUCGGGAUCAGAGAGGUCACACUGAGUGUAGUUGUAGCAGAGUUUUUACAGGCAGGGAGGUGUACAGAUGUUCUGUGCUGCAUAAUCUUCAUUGUGUUUAUUAUAGGCUACAUUGUCUUAGGACUUGUAGCCUGGGUACAUGGAGAUCCCAGAAGAGUGGCUUAUCCUACAGACAGCCAGGGCCACUUCUGUGGCCAGAAGGGCACUCCCAAUGAGAAGAAGCCCAUUUUGUUCUAUUUUAAUCUGUUCAGAUGUGCCAGUCCUGCCAUCAUGGUAAACCUACAGUGCCCUACCACACAGGUCUGUGUUUCUAAGUGCCCAGAAAAAUUUUUAACUUAUCUGGAAAUGCAACUUUUGUCCAAAACAGACAAAAGUUAUUGGGAAUACUACCGUCAAUUCUGUAAGCCCACUGCUCAGCCUGCCAAGUCUCUCACAGAAGUCUUAUUGAAUGGUGACUGUCCAACAGCAGUGUUUCCAAGCAGACCUUUUCUCCACCGGUGUUUCCCUGACUUCUCCACGAGAAAUGGCACUUUAACAGUAGGGAGCAGAAUACUGUUCGAAGAUGGAAGUGGAAAGACAAGAAAUGCUGUAGAACUCAGAGAGGCUGCAAAUGGCAUCAAUAAAAUCCUUGAUGCAAGGACAGUUGCAAUGAAAGUGUUUGAAGACUAUGCAACAACUUGGUAUUGGAUUCUCAUUGGCCUGACUAUCUCCAUGAUCCUUAGUUGGGUAUUUUUGAUGCUCCUGAGGUACACAGCUGGAUUUCUCUUCUGGUUCUUCAUGUUGGGUGUGCUUGGAAUUCUAGGAUACGGAAUAUGGUACUGUUAUCGUGAAUACAACAAACUUGAGGACAAUCCAAAUUCUUCAUUAAGUGUUUAUGAUAUUGGGAUUCAGACUAAUAUUAGCAUAUACUUCCAAUUGAAACAAACAUGGUUCUCAAUAAUGAUAAUACUCAGCAUCCUUGAAGGGACCAUCAUCCUGCUGCUGAUCUUCUUCAGGAAACGAAUCCAUGUUGCCAUUAUCCUACUGAAGGAAGGGAGCAAAGCCAUUGGAUAUAUUCCUACUACAUUAAUAUAUCCGAUUGUAACUUUCAUUUUGCUCGCAAUCUGCAUUUCCUACUGGGCUGUGACAGCAAUUUUCUUGGCAACUUCAGGUGUUCCUGUGUACAAAGUUGUAGUCCCAGAGGGGAAAUGCGUACAUGAAAAUGAAACAUGUGACCCAGAGAUGUUCAACACAACUGAAGUUAUCAAAAGUUGCCCUGGGGCUCUGUGUAACUUUGCUUUCUACGGCGGAAUGAGUCUGUACCAUAAGUACAUUCCUACCUUCCAUAUAUACAAUCUGUUUCUCUUUCUCUGGCUUAUAAACUUCGUCAUUUCAUUGGGUCAAUGUGCCCUUGCUGGUGCCUUUGCUACUUAUUACUGGGCCAUGAGAAAACCUGAUGACAUCCCACCACAUCCACUUUUUACUGCAUUUGGUCGAGCCAUACGGUAUCAUACAGGAUCUCUAGCAUAUGGAUCAUUAAUCCUUGCCGUAAUUCAAACAUUUAAAGCAACCCUAGAAUACUUGGACCGUCGUAUUAAAGAUGCCCAAAACAUCUUUGCUAAAUUCUUACAAUGCUGUCUGAAGUGCUGUUUCUGGUGUUUAGAAAACAUGGUGAAGUUUUUAAACAGGAAUGCCUACAUUAUGAUUGCACUGUAUGGCAAAAACUUCUGCAGGUCAGCAAGAGAUGCUUUCAAUCUGCUGAUGAGAAACAUUUUAAAAGUUGCAGUUACAGAUGAAGUUACACACUUUGUAUUACUCCUGGGGAAAAUUCUAGUUUCUGGCUUUAUAGGACUUUUGGCCUUCUUGCUCUUCACAGAAAGGUUGCCAAUGGUCGACUAUGAACCAACAUCAUUAAAUUACUACUGGAUCCCUUUGCUGACUGUCAUUGUUGGAUCAUACCUAAUUGCUCAUGGGUUCUUCAGUGUCUAUGCAAUGUGUGUUGAAACAAUUUUUAUCUGCUUCUGUGAAGAUCUGGAAAGAAAUGACGGAUCAGCAGAAAAACCUUACUUCAUAACCCCUAACCUUCACGGGAUUCUGACCAAGAAGCAACCAGUUCCCCAGAAGCAGAAAGUUUCUCGGAAUUUUGCUUUGACUGAUUCUGUGCCAUCCUUCCUCCUAGUGGAAGAUAUAGAAAGAAAUGAAGGUUCUGAUGAGAAACCCUAUUUUGUGACUCCAUCACUAAUGAAGAUCAUGUUGGAGCAAGAGCCAAAAUAUUACAAGUAG